ACUUGUGAUGCACAGGCACAAGACUGUGUGGGAAUAACAUGAAAAGAUCAUUUUGGAAAUGGUUAGAAGUAACGUUAAUUGAUCGCUUAGCUACACAGAAAGAUUAUCUCAGUACUUAAGUCAAUCAGUCCCUCAAGAUUUCAUCGUAGUAUUACUGUUAAUCUAGCGGAGAAAAAGUAUCUCUCAAUUUUCCAAAAACAUUGAAGAAAUUUGUAAUUCCUUUUACUGUGUUCAAAAUUGAUGCAAAUAUUUUAACAUUUGUUUUUAAAAAAACUGAUGGAAGCAGGUCAAGAAAUUUCAUGUUUUGCAUUACGCCCUAAGCAUAAUCUGCAUACACCUGUUUUGUUUUGUUUUUCACCUUAAUAUACCGAUAGCUAGGGUGCAUGAAAAACACACAGUUAUUUGUGCAUAGUUAAUAAUCUCAUUGAUGCUAUAGAUGAAUUAAAAAAGUGACAGCGUCGUUAAGUGAAAAGUAUAAUUAAUAACAGCGAAAAUUUUUAGUUCAUCUACCUGGAGACUUUUUAUUACUCCUGUCUCGUUUUUGGCAGAUUAUUUGAUAAAGCAGGAUAGUGCAACAUAAUUUGUUUUUGUCAUUUUCUCUUCUGAAACAACCUCAUCGUUAUUAGGAGUGAAACAAAAACCUCUCUUUGUUUUUUUUUGGUAGUUUUUAUCCAACAUAGUCACAAAAGUGAAUUUCUGAAGAAUCUUCGAAAGCUAUUUUCGAGACUGAUGUUUUCAAAUUACAAUGAAGUCAAUCGCGAUUUCAAGCUGAGAUCCAUUUAAAUUAAAAGAGCAGACCUCUGGAAAAUGAAACGGAAGUUAAGCGCAAGCAAUUAUCUUGUAAGUAAUUUUGCAGCGCGUCAAAUUCAUUGAUGAUCUCAUAGAAUUGUAGAUUGAAAUAAAAAUUUCUACAGAUUUGUUUACUAAGAAACUGAAACCCAUGUUGAAAAAUGAAAAGCUAGCAGGGAAAGAGUAGUAUUACAAAAAUUUUCAUGCCUUCGAAAAUAAUGUAAGAUCAUGAAGAAUCCACUUUGUGACGAGCUCAUGCUUCUUCAGCCAACGAGAAUCGAUGCACAAGACUUGUAUUCAUGUUACAUUGCCAACUGUACUUUAAACGCUUUACUUAUCAUCACAGCCAUCAUAUUUAAUAGCGUCCUAAUCCAAGCACUAAGAAGGACUUCUUCUUUGUCAAAACCUCUGAGGACGUUUCUUUUCAGCCUGGCUGUCUCGGACCUCGGGGUUGGUUUAGUGGCACAACCUUUAUAUCUUCUUUUGCUCGUCAGAUGGCUACAGAAGAACACUGAAUACCAUCCGAGUUGUGCCUUGUAUACCGCGUAUGCGCUUAUAGGCAUUUUAUUUUCUGUGUCUUCAUUUUUCGGCCUCAUGGCUCUGAGUGCAGACAGAUUUCUGGCCAUUCAUCUUCAUCUCAGGUACAGGAAGUGUGUAACUCGCAAGCGUGUUGUCUUUGGAGUGGUAGCCUUGUGGGUUUUGAGUAUAAUUCUCUCGCUGUUCAUGCUGUGGGUGUCGCCGAAUGUUGCCACCGUAGUUCACACCACUGUCUGCAUUGCUUGUCUGUCGGUCUCAACAGUGUUUUAUUCCAAAAUUUACCUAACUGUACGAUGCCACAAAAAUCAAAUCCAAGUUCUACAGGUACAAAAACAAGAACAGGAUGUAGAAGCAACGGCCACAGAUCUAAUUAGUCGCAGAAAGUCAGCGAUAGGCACAUUCUACGUUUAUCUGAUGUUUUUUAUUUGCUACGUGCCUCUAGCAUGUAACUUUGCAGUCACGCUCGCAUUUGACUCAAGCAGCGCCAUAAAAAUAUCUACAAUUUCUUCAUGGACUCUGGUAUUCUUCAAUUCGUCUUUGAACCCCGUUAUUUACUGCUGGAAGAUGAGGCACCUUAGACAUGCAAUUAUUAACAUGCUCCGAAAUUUUAUUCCAAACCACGGAAGACGGGAGAUGCGCAUCCCAGUAAGACAGCGCGUAUGCAUAACGGAGUGACUUUUUCCAGCAAUGUUAAAAGUCAGCGAUAUUUGUUGACACACUUCAUUGUGAAAGAAAAAGAGGGAUUGCACAUAUUUAAGUUUAAGUUAAAAUAUUAUUUAAACCAUAUUUUUUCGUGUAACAUUUUCGUCGCUUUACCUGGGAAUAUCUCCCAAAUUAACCGGGUCGAUGGAUAUCGACGAACCUGCGUGUCAUAGGAAAAUAAUUGUGUAAUUUUUGAUCAGGGCGUUUUUCCAAUCCACUAAGAACAGAAACGAGAUCGAACACUUUAAAAAAUUACGUAAAGUUACUUACUAGAGUGAGUAGAGCUGAGAAAGAGCCUUUUAAAAAUUACAGUAAACUAUGGCAGCUUGUUUAAUGAUCCUACUCGAAAAUUACAAAUUAGUCAUAAUCUCGUUCGAUACAUCUCGCUGCUCGCACGCACGCAUUCAGUAGGACCGCCACGGCUGCCUGUUCGAUUAACAGUAGUAAAAAAUGUAUGCUGUUUUAUUAACUCCACUGUAAGUAUAAGUAAGUCAGUUGACAGUAGGAACAUCAAUCAUCCAAUAUAGUCAGCAGCGAAGGAAGUAACUGAUACAUUACUUGACAAAUAAUACUAUAGGGUUGUUGAGUAAUAUCAACUGAGUUGAUGACGUAAAUUGGCCACGUUCGCGUUCGCCCUUGCGAUGACGAAGGACUAACGCUCGAAACAUCAGCUUUGAAACUCUUUACGGUGACCAAUUUACGUUAUCAACUCAGUUAACAAUACUAAAUUGCUCUGUUUUACUCUUCCACCAACGAAGCACCACAGUUUCUUUGGAAACUUGCCCCCUUCAGAUACUAUUUUACUCUGAUUUAGAUUUAAAGCUAAAUUUUGCAGGUGUUAAACAUUAUCUAGUGGGCAAAGAUAUGAGCUUGAAAAUUUUUUUCUGUCGAUGCACAAACUUUUGGUUCUUAUCUGUAAGGUACUGCUGCUGUACACAACACUCGAGAGGUGAAGCUCUCAGUGUCUGUCAAUAAAAAUAUAUA